AUGGCGGGGCAGACGGGCUCCCUCGCGAAGGUGCGCGGGAUCGCCGAGCAGAUACGCCGGCCCGCCUACUCGUUGCGGCAGUUCUUCGAGGACUGCUUGUGCGCCUUUCCCGAGCUCGGGCUCUUCUUCGUGUCCGACACGGACACGGCCGCGAGUUCGGGGAUCUCCGCGGAG